CUCCGCCCCGGGCCAUGACCCGCGAGUGGGACGACGGCGAGGCGCGGCGCAAGCGUCGCCCGUAUGACCGCCGUGACCGUCCCCGCCCCUCCUCGGAUGUGCUCCGCCGAGAGGAGGAGCUCCGCCGCGAGCUCCGCGAGCUCAGGGACGACCGGCGCUCGCUUGGCCGCCGGGGUCGGUCUCGGUCUCCUCUGGCCGCCUCGGGCCGCCGUCGCUCUCCCUCCCCUGGGUCCCGUCACGGCUGGAGUCCCCCCUCCCGCUCGUCCCGCCCGGCUUCACCACGCCACCAAGCCCCGCUCCCUGCUGCUACACCCCGGAAGUAUGUGCCCCCACACACGGCGACACCAUCUGGCCCUUCCGCCCCGGCCUCGUCCGCCUCCGCUGCUCCUGGUGCGGGCCAUCUCCGCGGCUGCCAAGGGCUGGCCAAGAAGAAGUGCCGGCGUGGUCAGCUUCGGGGUGCCGCGGCUGCCACUCCCGCCCUUGCCCCGGGCGGCACGAUCGCUGAUGGCCCCGUCUCCGGGCUUCCUCGUCCGCUUUGCUUCAAUUGCGGGGUGGCGGGCCACUCCCAAGUCAACUGCGUCAACCCCCAAUGCUGCUACAUCUGCAAGGAUCUGAACCACCCCGCCCUCCUCUGCCUGGAUCGCCUGGUGACCUCUGAGCUCAUGAUGUACGGUCAUGGCAUCGAGGGGCUUGGCUUCUUCCACCUUGAGGUUCUCGACGUACCACCACCCUCGCCCUCCCUCCAGGCGAUCUUUAUGGUGGUCGAUGAGGUUGCCUCGCCCGAGAUGAUCGAGGCCGAGCUCAACCACCUCUACCGUUGCCAGUGGGACUGGGCGGUCACUCCCACUGUCGGCCACAUCUCCUCUGUGGUCUUCCCCGACGCCAUCAGCUACGGCUACGCCACCCAUAGUGGUCAGAUCACCCUCGCCCUCAAUCAGCUCGUCGUCAACAUCUCCGAGCCGAUCCUCGACCCGAAGACGGUCGCCAUCUUGGACACCGCUUGGAUCCUCGUGGCCGGGCUCCCAGACAUCGCCCGUUCGGAGGCUGUCAUCCGCCAGAUGUCCAGGAUCCUGGGCAAGGUGGUGGUGGUCGACGAGCUUUCCCUCCGCAAGGAGGAGGUAGUCCGGGUCAAGGUCAAGUGUCUGGACUCCUCCAAGCUUCGGGCCACCAUCCGGGUGUUCUUCAACGACCAGGGCUUCGACCUCCGGAUUGCCCCCGAGCCGCCCAACCACGUGGGUCGCCCCCGCUUCUCGGACGACGGCCCCCCGGGGCCAACCCGGGAACCGGUGGUGACUACCACGACCGCCACCACCCUCGCUCUCGCCGCUCGGGAGAUGAGGAGGAGGGCUCGAAGGACUUGCGCUCCCGCUCUCCGUCUCCGACACCUCCUCCCCCGGCCGCGGGAGGCCGCAGCCGCCAGGCCCCGCUCGUCCCUCGCCCCGCUGAUCCGCUUCUCUCAGUCGUCCCCUCGGACGUGGCGGCCUUGCCAUCCGACGGAAGCGACACUUCCAGCGUCGGCCUGGUGGUGUUCCCGACGUCCUCUUCUCGCUCCCCCGCCGACCUCCUCCCUGCUGAGCUUGGGCUGGGGGAGUCUCCCUUCCCUUCCCCGGAUUCCCCUGGUCCUGCCGAGGCCCUCGCCUCGCCGCCCCCCCCUGCUGGUGAGGUGGCCGCCUCGCCGGUCCUGUCCCCGGGCCCGUGCCUGCUCCUGCCGCCCCCUUCGGUGGACCACCCACCGCAGGCCGCGGCCUCUCCGCCCUCGCCGCUGCCCGUGGUGGACCCGUCCCCCUUCCUCGCCGCCCCGUCGUCGCCUACUUCACCGUCUCCGCCCGGUCUCCUCGGCUUCACCGGGUUGGUGGCUCACCCCGCGCCGGUGCUCAUCCCCGUUGCGGUGGUUGAGACUUAGGUUACCACCCCCGGUGGCCUCCCAGCCGCCCCCGCCGCGCUCCGCUGCCUGCUCCCGCAGAGGCCGAGGCCGGUCUUCCUCCUCGCCGGUGACAGCCUCGCGCCGUAGCUCUCAGCUCGACGCUGCCCGGCCGGUUGGCACUCCGGCGCUGCCCAUCCACGCUCGGGCGGAGCUUCAGGCCGCGGCCCGGAACCUGGAGCCAGGUACCCCCGUCGUCUCCUCCUCUGCAGCUACCUGUUCUUUUUCUGCGCUUGAGUCUGUCCCACUUGGCCACCUUGCGAAGGUCGCGGCCGACUCCGCGAUCAUUUUCAGGGGGGAGGUAGCUCCCACGUUAGUCCAGAUCGCGGCCAUCCAGGCCCGUGAGCUGCUUGAUGGCAAGCUGGCGGAAGCGCAUGCGUCCCUACUCUCUCCCCCUGUUCCUUCAGCACACGUGGUGGCGGCCGCCCCGGCCACACGUCGCAGAACCGGGGCGCUCCCCCCGCUGGAUGCUGCAGAACCUCGUGGUCGCACGCGCUCCAGUACUUCCUCCCUCCGCGCUCAAAGCGCUUCUCGAGUCUUGGGGUCAAGCAGCCCCCCGAUGGCACCUUAAUGCGUGCCCUCUUCUGGAACAUCCGCGGCUUCGGCCAUGAUGGCCGGCACUGCCAAUUGAUCGAGUACUUGCGAGACGAACACAUUGACAUUGUCGCCAUUCAGGAAACCAUGCGCACGGAGUUCUCGCUGCCCGAGCUGGACCGCCUUAGUCCCCACCUCUUUGCGUGGCACUGGCUCCCUUCUAGUGGGAGUACCGGCCACUCUGGGGGCAUCCUUCUCGGUGUGAAGGAUGCCACCUUUGAGGUGGGUAGCAUGGAUCGGGGCACAUUCUUUGUGAGCAUGGAGCUUUUCGAACGGUCCCUCAAAUUCAAGUGGGAGGUCAUCAUCGUCUACGGCCCGGCCGACCAUAGUAGGUCGGCCGCUUUCCUUGAUGAGCUUCAUAGGAAGGUCUCGACGGCCUCGCUCCCCGUUGUUGUUGAAGGUGACUUUAACCUCCUUCGGUUCACGGAGAAGGAGAGUAAUAAACAUGUCAACUUUGCACAGAUGCAAAUGUUCAACGACUGCAUCGCGGACCUUGGCCUCCGUGAGAUAGAUCGGUUUGGUGCGAGAUUCACCUGGACCAACCGGCAGGCUUCCCCGACCCAGUCCGUUCUAGACCGAGUCCUAGUUUCCCCCGAGUGGGAUCUCCGGUGCUCUCUAGCCUCCCUUCGGGCGAUCACCUGAAUUGGCUCCGAUCACGUCCCCCUCCUCCUGUCCUCCGCCGACGAACGACCGCCGAUUUCCCCUCGAUUCCGUUUUGAGACAUCCUGGUUGUCCCAAACUGGUUUUGUUGCGGCGGUGGCCGCGAGUUGGGUUGAGGCGCUCGCCCACCCCCAUCCCCGCCCCCUCGGCCAUUGACGUUUGGCAGUUCUGUGCUAAAUGGGGACGACAGUUCAUGAAGGGGUGGGGUGCCAACCUUGGGCGUGAUCUCCGCGAACGCAAGAAGGCCUUGUUGACUGCCAUCCAUGCCCUUGACCUACGGGCAGAUGCUGUUGGCCUCUCCCCCAGGGAGUGGCUUUCCCGCUAUGACUUAGAAGACCAGCUCUCCGUCAUCUACACCAACGAGGAGGCUACUGGCGCUUGCGCGGCUCCCAGGAAUGGGUCCUGCAAGGGGACGCGAACACUACUUACUUUCAGGCCAUUGCUAACGGCCGCCGUAGGCGUAACACCAUCCCACUCCUUUGGGAUGGUAGGACUCUCCUUCAGUCCCCUAGUGACAUUAGGGCCCAUGUUGACGGGUUCUAUCGGGCCUUGUUCUCCCUGCUCCCCGGAGCGGCCUCUCCCUUGCCCUCGAUUGCUGGACUGGUAACCACCUUGUCUCCGCCGCAGAGAACAUGGCCCUCACGGCCCCGUUCUCGGAGGACGAGGUCUGGGCCGCCAUUAGUUGCAUGAACCCUUCUUCGGCUCCUGGUCCAGAUGGCCUUCCGGUUAAGUUCUUCCAGUCCUUCUAGAAUGUGAUUAAACCUGAGAUCAUGGCCAUCUUUGAUGAGUUCUACGUUGGGUCCAUCGACCUUGGUCGCCUUAACUAUGGGAUCAUCUCGCUCAUCCCCAAAGUCUCCGGGCCUCCGACAUCCACCAGUUCCGGCCAAUCACGGUGAUCAACGUGAUUUUCCGGAUCCUGGCCAAAGGGUACGCCAAUAGGGUGACCCGGUUGGCCGAUCACAUUACCCACCCCAACCAGACCGCCUUCAUCCAAGGGCGGUACAUUCUGGAUGGGGUGCUGGUCCUCCACGAUGUCCUUCAUGAGGUCCGGUCUAAGCGCCUUAGGGCGGUCUUCCUUAAGAUUGAUUUCCAUAAGGCAUAUGACACUGUCAGUUGGUCCUUCCUUCGGGAAGUUUUGCUCCGGAAGGGCUUCGACGAGCGCUGGAUCACCCGCGUAAUGCAGAUGGUGACCUGCGGCCGCACUGCCGUGAACAUCAAUGGGGAGAUCGGCCCUUACUUCCCCACCUUAUGUGGGGUCUGUCAAGGCAAUCCCUUCUCCCCAUUCUUGUUCAACAUGGUGGUGGACGCGCUUGCCGCCAUCCUGGAUAAGGCUAAGGCUGCGGGACAUAUCCGUGGGAUCACUCCCCACCUAGCUGGCGGGUCCGGGAUCUCCCUUCUCCAGUACGCCGACGACACCAUCAUCAUGGUCGAAGGCUCGGAGAUGGACAUCUCCAACCUCAAGUUCCUCCUCCUAUGCUUCCAACUAAUGUCUGGCCUUAAGAUCAAUUUCGAUAAGAGUGAUGUGAUGGUGAUGGGCUAUUCCCCUGAGGAAUGUCUGAGCAUUGCUAACCGCCUCAACUGCCGUUUGGGCUCCUUUCCCACGACCUACUUGGGAACGCCCAUUAGCGAUUCUAGGCUCACCGUUGCGGACUUGCGCCCGACCGUGGCCAAGCUGCAUACGCGCAUUGAGCCCUGGCAGGGUAGGUGGCUUUCGAAGGCUGCCCGGACGAUCCUUAUCAACUCCUCCCUCUCCAGCCUCCUCUUGUUCCUCAUGAGCUUCUACAGCCUUCACGAGACGCUGCACCAUGAGAUCACCAAAGUCGAGUCUCGCUUCUACUGGGCUGGUGACAACAAUAAGCAGAAAUACCAUAUGGUUAGCUGGCCUGACAUAUGCAAGCCCCGGGACCAAGGAGGACUAGGUAUCAUGUGCUCGAAGCGCAUGAAUAUUGCCCUCCUAUCCCGAUGGCUUUGGCGCAUUUCGCAAGGGCACGGCGGCCUUUGGUUAGAUAUCAUCCGGAAUAAGUACCUGCGCGGACAACCCCUUGCUUUCUGUCAGCGCUCCGGCGGAUCCCAGUUUUGGCAGUCGAUUGUCCAACUCCUCCCGGUCCUCCGCAUUGGGACAUCCAUCUCGGUUGGGUCGGGUUCUGCGACCCUGUUCUGGUUCGACCGUUGGGCGGGUGAUUCCCCCUUCGCGGCAUGAUUCUCGACCUCUUCUCCAUUGCUGUUGACCCAACCAUCUCCGUCGAGAGGGCCCUUAUUGACUUAGGGCGCCUCGCCUUCCGGAGACCGUUCGGUCCUCCGAAAUCCGCCGCUUGGCGCGAAUUGCUUGAUUGCAUCGCCCUUCACGAACCGGCCGUCGACUCGGUCCCAGACCAGGUUAGGUGGCGUCUUGAACCCUCCGGCCAAUUCUCCAUCAAGUCCCUCUACCAGACCAUUGCUCCCUCCAUCGCGCCUCCCCCCUCCCGGCGGUUUGGUCCAUCCGUCUGCCUUUGAAGAUUCGGAUCUUCAUGUGGCAAUGGAUCCAUGGACGGAUCCCGUCUGGGGUCGAGGUCCACAAGCGCAACGGCCCUGGGGCUGGCCUUUGCCCGCUUUGCGAUGUCCCCGAAGACUCGAAUCACAUCUUCUUCACAUGCAUAUCUGCUCAGUUUCAAUGGAGCUGCUUUAGAGAGGUGGUCGGUGGCAAUUGGUGUCAUACCAACUUCCCCGACCUUUUCGACGAACUCCAGCUCUCCCCCCUACUAUCUUGCCACACUAGAUGGCUUGAGAUUGGGGCGCUAGCUUGGACCCUCUGGACGAUCCGCAAUAAACUCGUGAUCCAGCGCAUUCCUCUUCGGCGGGCCACUUACGCUCUAUUCAAAUUAUCUGGUUUCUUGCACCUCUGGCGGCCGCUUAGCCGCCCCUCGGAUCGGGACGCCAUCACCGCCUUCAUCGCCGACCUCCGAUCGAUGGCCGUCCGUCUGUCGCCGCUUGCUCCCCCGCCGCCACCGGAGCCUGACUAGGGCUGCUGUCAGUCGCCACUCCGGCGCCCCUUGUGUUUCCUUUUUUAGGGCUUGUUGAGUUGUGCCCUCAGCAGAACCUUUAUACUUUGUGUCGUGAGACUUGGGUGUGUGUGUUGAACUUUGAUUGUAUGUGUAUUCUUGGCGGUUUGCUUUAUAUAUAAAACGGGGCGAAAGCCUUUUUCGGUACCAUCAACUUGAGGAGAUUGAAUACGCUAAAUUCGAAAGGAAGUUCACAACAACUAAGAAUUCUGUCAGCACUGAUCGAGAUGAGCUGAUUGACGAGGCGGCGGAUUUGAUAGAGAGGGAUUUGAUUCUGCUUGGCGCCACCGCCGUUGAGGACAAGCUGCAAAAGGGGGUACCUGACUGCAUCGACAAACUUGCUAAGGCUGGCAUAUGGGUGCUGACGGGCGACAAGAUCGAGACCGCCAUCAACAUGGGAUAUACCUGCAGUCUAUUCAGACAAGGGAUGAAACAAAUAACCAUCGCAUUGGAUACAACAGAUAUCAUUGCCUUGAGAAAGGUGGUGACAAAGGAGCCAUUAACAAGCACCGUAAGCUACUGUGCAAGCCAAAGCUGAGCAAAAGCAAAGGAUCUGUUGUCUCCGUGCUGCAGAGGCUGACCAAAAAGCAAAGGUGGACCGGGCAGAGCAGUUGAAGCUCUCUAGUCUCUACCCUCGUGAAGAUGCCACGGUAACAAGGGGAGCGGAGAGCAUGCGAAGCCGCGCGCUCUGCUGUUCGAUGACCGUAGCGUUUGUUCUAGUACUUCGCACAGGAAUGCAGUUUCCGGUCCGGUGCAAGUACGUGUUUAUCUACUAUCACAGCUCUGGUAGGGGCAAAAUUUCGUGUUUUGAACUUUUUUGUAAGAAAUUCAAGAUCUAACACCGGCUGUAAAUUUU